AUGAUAGAAACCUCAGGAUGGAAUUCCAAGAAGAUGAGAGCAUCUACAAGGCUGCAGGUGCAUGCACCUCGAAAGUAUGGGGAGUUCUUUGAAAACCUGGUGGAAAAAUCCUGGAGUGGCGACUCUGCGCUGGAGUAUGUUAUAGAAGGUCCUCUACGUCUAGUUUACAAAGCUAAGGAGGAUAUCAGUAUCAUCUCCCUGGUGGAGAUGGAAAACAAAGCACUGUCCAAGCUGCUGGCAGCUGUGGCAGGAACGUGCAGGGAAAUCAGGCUGCUGAAGGUGGAAGCUGCUAAUUUCUACACAAAACUCUUUGCACAUGGAGAAAGAUGUGCAGAUAAUGAUCUCACUAAUGUGACUAAAUUGCUAUCCGAUCUGCAGGAUCUAUCCAUUUUCGUUAAUCGAAUGUCAACUGUUGUGCACUUGACUACACAACAAUUGGCAAGUCUAUCUGGUGCCGUUCAUGAGAUCUAUUUACCUACCCUAAUUGAAUGCUUUAUAGAUCUAUUCGUGAUCUUCAUGACUCUUGAUGAGAUCAUCGAUGCUCAAUCAACAAUAGUAGAUCUGUGGAAGAAAUACAGGAUGCAUGUACGUUCCAUGAUGCACAAUCCUUCGCAAUUUGGCGUUGCUGAGGCAAAACUAGAGACAUUCGAUCACCUGUUGAAAGAUCUUCAGGAAAUAUUACGAAGGAAUAUGCUUUCAAAAGCGAUUGAACAUGUAAUGGAUGUAAAUAAGAGUGCAGUUAUGAGCGAACAGAUUGUCAGCUAUUUGAAGAACACGAUCACAGAUGUGGAGACUAAAUCCAACGAUCAUGCUGCGUUGAACAAAUGGAUAAGAGCUAACAUUGGCGUUGCAGUGGUGAUAAAGCUAUUUGGUACUUGCGAUCGAAGAUUAAUUAAGAGAGUGCUGGAGGCGAACAAGAGGUUCUACGCGGUCACGUUGGUGGGAAACGUGAUUUGGGUACCUAGCAAAUUCCUCAGCAACAUUGUGCCAAAGGAAACUGGUACAGCCGUGAGCUCGCAGAUAGGCGAAAAGAUUCUACAGGCGAGAACGCAGAGAUUGCCGAUUGUAGUCAAUAGUCUGAUACACCGAGCAACGACCUGGUGCGUAGAGAUGCAGAGUAUUCUGACGAGGACAAAUCUUCAAGUAUCUGACAUCGGGCAAAAACGUACAUUGCUGACGGAUCUGCUAGCUCUCUUGUCGCAGAUGCGAGAAACGGUCGCAUUCGUAACGAAUCUUCACGCUUUCCUGUCGAAGCCUAUGAGCCGCAACACGGUGCAACUGAUCUGCAGACUCGUGGAGUUGCAAAAGUCCCUGCAGACAACGUUCUAUACGCUUGGACCGAUCGUGGUGCAAUCGCAGGCGCAAGUGCUGCAGUAUUUAGCUUAUUACAUGUUAGCUAUGCUGGAGACAGCGCGCAAGGGUCUUGUUCAGAAGGACAAAGGCUACAGCAGGGAGCGAUUGGACGCGCUAUCCCUGAUAGGACUCGCUAUGCGGCUGAUAAGCGGUCCGGCGAGCGCUGAUAGACGGCUAAUAGUGCGUUGCACCCUGGCAUGUGCCAGUCAAUUGACCGAUACCUUCCGCGAAGAGGACGUGGUGAAGCUACGGUUCCUCCUGGACAGCUACGACGCCGUGGCCGAGCUGCACGAGCUGGUUGACGAGCUCGGUGAUUACUCGUUGCUGUUGCAUCAUCAGAAUAUGCUGCCCGCCUACCUUUCCUCAGUCGUCGACGGUAACACCGGGGUCUGCCACGUCGCUCAUCUGUUCGCCGCCUUCAACAGCGCCGUGGGCGAACAGGAGUUGGUCGAACUCAGGGAAAAACACAUCGCGGAGCAGGAGAGCCUGGUGAAAAGCGUAUUGAAACCAGCUUGCCAUGAAAUCGAGACCAGUCUACGAUUACAUGUGCACGCCCAUCUUAAACUAGACUCUACGAACCCUUUCAACAUUGGGGCCAAGGACAGUGGCAGAGUGGUGCGUAUUCCGCCAUUAUCCUUAGCUGAAAACAUGGUCUGCACCAAAAGAUUCGUCGAGCAUUAUCUGGAUGAUAUGUUCUAUAAUCUGACAACGGUCGCUCUGCAUGAUUGGAGAACCUAUCGGAUGAUGCACACGUUGGCCAGCUAUAAGAUGGGUCUAGGCACAGUGCAAGAUCAUCUGCCGACGCAGACCCUCGAACAAGGCUUGGAUGCUUUAGAAAUUAUGCGUAACAUCCACGUGUUCGUUUCCAGGUAUCUUUACAAUCUGAACACGCAGACAUUCGUGGAGCGCAGCAGUGGUAACAAGCAUCUCAACACCAUCGGCAUCCGACAUAUCGCCAAUUCGAUUCGCACCCACGGCACUGGUAUCAUGAGCACCACGGUGAACUUCGUCUAUCAAUUCCUGCGCGUUAAGCUGCACACGUUCUCGCAGUUCCUCUUCGACGAGCACAUCAAGUCCCGUCUGAUGCGCGACAUCAGGUUCGUCCGGGCGCAACGGGAAGCGGGCGUCAUUCCGUACACGUAUGAGCGAGCGGAAAAAUUUCAGAAGGGCAUCCGAAAACUAGGGAUGACCUCGGACGGGUUAAGCUACUUGGACCAGUUUCGCCAGUUGAUCACGCAGAUCGGCAACGCACUCGGUUACGUGCGAUUGAUCCGUUCUGGUGGUCUUCAUGCUAGCUCCAAUGCGGUGUCCUUUCUGCCGGAUAUUGAGAAGACUGUGCCCUUCGAAGCGCUCUGUCGUGGACUGAAUUACAGCGUCGAAACGCAGGCUGCGGCUAGACGACUGGAGGACGACAUCGCCGAUCUUGUCCGCAACUUCACCGAAGGCAUUCAGUACUUCAAGCUACUAGUGGACGUGUUCACGGCGGCGUUUCGCGACGCCAAGUCUUAUCAUCUGCAGCAGUUCUACGCUAUCGUGCCGCCGUUGACGCUGAGUUUCGUAGAUAAUUCCGUGUCGAAUAAAGAAAAGAUGUUUAAGAAGAACCAAACUGGCGCGGCCUUCACCGACGAUGGCUUUGCCAUGGGUAUCGCCUACAUCAACGCACUACUCGAUCAAAACGCAGAGCUGGACGGUCUGCAUUGGUUCAAGACGGUGGAUGAGCACAUCGCCCAGGAAAAAUUUGCCGCUGAUAGUAAAGACGACCACGGAGACGAGAAGCUUCAGCAAACCAGAGCGCUCACUCUCCAACGUCUCGCCGAGAGGAAUGCAGAAUUCCAGCUAUUGUACUAUAGUCUUUCUGGUGCUAGAGUGUUCUUCAAACAACCCGAUACGUAACGCGAGAAUACGGAUGUUAUUUUGAUACUUCAAUAUUGCAUCUGGGUCUCGAUUUCUUAAUUGAUAAGGGAGAAAUAAUCGAUACAAGUUAUAAAUAGGUAAAUAUGCACUUGGAACUAUUUCUUAAUUUUAUUCCUAAUUUUGAGUUUGAACAGAAUUUGAAUAAAUAUAAUGCAGUCUAGCGUCUCUUUCGAUUUUAUUGUAUAUAAGUCAUUCUAUACGAAAACGUACAAAUGGUUCAAGCUAAAAUUUGUUGAAACCUAUAUGAACAAAUUCAACGUAUAUACGUAAAUUGUUACAAUUUCAAUUUUUUAGUAUCUUUGUAAGUUUCCAGGUCGGUAAUUACUAAAUUAGAAUUAUAAAAUUCAUAAUAGCAAAUCCAAUAUGACCGCUGCAUAUGUAAUGUUUUUUGUUUUAUAUUCUUCGAAAUAAAAAAUAUUGCACAAUGCAGCGGUCAUAUUGGAUCUGCUAUUUUGUAAUUUUGAUUGCAGAUUAAUAAUCACCGACAUUGGAAACUUACAGAGAUACCAGAGAAAAUUGUAACGUAUACCAGUCUACACAUAUAUUAAAUUUUCUGAAAAACUUUUUCGGAAUUACUCAAAAAAUGGCUUUGUGUCAGGGGCCAAGUAGCAUUUAAUUCUACAUGAAAAAAGCUAAAAUUUGACUCUUCAUAUGUACAUUUCGACAAAUUUUGGCUCGAGCCAUUUUAAGUUUUCAUAUGGAAUGACUAAUAUAUAUACAUAUAAUAUCAUAGAGCGCAUGUUAUUUUGUAAAUGACUUAGAUUCUUUACAACCAUUUUUAUAAAUAUUUUCUACAUUCACAAUAUCAGAUUCUCGUUCAAUAAAUAAUGGCUAGACUGAGCGACUAGGAUUUAUUAUGCCUAAAAAAAAGAUGCAUUUGCUACUCGCAAGAGUAAGUAGAAUCGAAAGAGUAAGUGAAUGAAGGCAUUUAUGUGAUUUUUUAAGCUUUAAAUUUACUCAAAUUCAUGAGUAAUUGCUCGUCGCAAUAGUAUGUAUGCGUGCAUGCGUGUGUAAUUUCUGCAGAAAAUUAUCAUUAAACUGUUACAGAAUAACUACUAUUUAAUAAAUAAUCUAAAAUAAUGUAAA